UUUUAGGGGGGGGGAAACAAAAGGUAAGAUGAUAAAUAGAGAGAGAGGGAAAGAAAAAAGGAAUAAAUUUUCAUUUGAAUAGAAGUGUAUUACUUUUAAUUCUUUAUACCUAGUUUGUAAGUAAAAUUUUACGAAUUUAUGCUAAUCAGGCUGUUUCCAUGAAGAAAAAUGAAAAUACCUUCUAGUGCAUACAUAUCAACUUAUAAUGACGUGACAAAAGAUAAUCUCGAGUCGUAUUUUUUAGACUUUUUACCUAAGCUUAAAAAGGCUUCUCAUAUGGCCAUCGAUUUUGAAUUUACAGGACUUGCUAGACCUAGAUCAACCGACAUGAAUCAUCGCUAUUUAACCAUGAAAAAAGUGAUUGAAGAGCAUUCUAUUGUAUCUUUUGGAGUUUCAAUCAUGAAAAGAAUCGAUGCUGAUGAUGAAAAGAAUGAACUUGAUGAUGAUUGUAACAAUUCUAGUAAUGGCAAUAAAAAAUUUUCUUCAUCUCAACCCAUUAUAACAUCUGACUAUGCGACCAUCGAGAGAAAAAACAAUGAAUCGGAAAAAGCAUGUUCUUUAAAUGAUACUUGUAUAACAAAAUCAGUACCGAUAGCAGAAGAACCCAAACAUAGUCAAACAUAUGAAUGCGACAACUAUAAUUUUUUAACAUUAAAGGAGGGUCCUUUAUUGUUUAGUACAGGCAACGCUCAAUUUCUUGCAGAAUCUGGAUUUAGUUUUGAUAAACUAAUUCAUGAGGGCAUUCCUUUCAUCCCUCCAGGAGACGUUAUUAGAAGAGAGAAUGAAAGAGAAGAAUCGAAUGAUACUAUGACGGGCGUUGUUGCGACAACGACUGUUAGAGAUACGAAAUUAUUCCAAUUAUGGAAAGCCAUCUUAGGCAUAUUAAAAUAUAACAAUAUACCUUUAAUAUUACAUAAUGGUUUACAUGAUCUUAUGUAUCUAUAUCAUAGUUUUAUUGGUAAACUGCCUAAUACACUUUCAGGCUUUAUUCAUAGUAUUUCGAAUCAUUUCCCUUCAGGGAUUUAUGAUACAAAAUAUCUAGCCUAUGAAUUAAAUUUCAAUGCCACUUUUUUAUCGUAUGUGUUCGCAAAGGCAGACCGUUUAAGACAAAAUCGAUUUAUGAAGAGUACUAAAGAAGAGCCUUAUUUUGAAGUGAUUGUAAAUAAGCCCAUUGAACCCAUAAGAUUAACAAAAUCCGUAUCUUCUUCCAACACUAAUAAUAUAGUACCGACUGCUACAAUUACCAUUACAAAUUCUCAAAAGAAAAGAAAGGGAUCAAUUGAUUCUUUACCCACUACCUUUAAUAAGAAGAACAACAAGAAAAAAAUAAAGAAUAGUACUAUCUGUAAAUCAUACGCUGCAAAAGGGUGGUGUGAGCUUGAAAAGACAGGUCAUUCAGAACAUCAUAAAUAUAGUAAACUUCAUGACAUUCAGUAUGUAUUAGACUGGGAAAUGGGAAAUUCAGAAUACCCUCAAGUCUAUACUUCUAAUCUCAAACAAGGAAAUACGAUAGAAGGUGCCCAUUCUGCUCAUUUUGAUGCCUAUAUGACUGCAUUUUCUUUUUGUUAUUUCAUACAUACAAUUCCAUCAGAUACUUUAAAAGAAAGUAUAAACAAGAUCAAGCUUGAUUUUAUGCCAUAUCCAUUAAGAUUUCCUUUAAAAAUAAAUGAAUCCAACAAAUCAUAAUUCUGCAUUAUAUCCUCUUUUUUCAUCAUAUUCAUUAAAGCAUUUUUUUUUCUUACAAUUUAUUUAUGUAUGUUGUAU